AUGGAGGAAUGGAUGAAACGACCCAUCAUCUUUUCAGCUUCCGAAACACCAGAUGGCGGAAGGAAUCAUAAUGACUCUCUAGUAGUCACGAUGGACAUAGCGCUCCCCGAACAUAUGGAUGAAGAAGCAAAUCCAAAGCCACGACCAUGGACGAUGCCUAAGAUACUAAUUGAUGGCGGACGCUCUAUCGGGAUCUCAUUCUAUGAAGCGUCCAAACAAAUGGUCCUGAAAGACGAGUGCCUAAUACCAUCCACGUACAAUAUCUUUGGUUUAAAUGGAUCGUCCACUCACCCGAGAGGUGAAGUAACUUUAGAGAUUCAUGUAGGAAAAAUCCUGACUUUAACUACUUUCUGUGUAGUAGAUGUGAUUUCACCUUAUACUGCCAUCGUCGGACAAUCAUGGGUUCAUGGAAUCAAGGGAGUCGCGUCAACUUACCAUUAG